AUGACGCUUAAGAGCUCGCCUCGAUCCACGGGUGAACGCCGUCGCGAGCGAGAGAUGCAAAAUGAGCUGCUCAAGUUCCAUCGAGACCAGACGGACCCUAUCGCCACCAACAUCACCAAAAAGCGCGUCCGAGAACCACGCGUGGACCUGGAGUCAAAUCCUUUUUGCGCAGAUCGACAACUGGCCGAUAGCUACCAGCAGCUAAACUUCAAUAAGAAUCCCCGCUUUUACUCGGUAUCCGUGCAGGACGGCGCCCGCGUGGAGCAGAACCCUCGGAAUCAUUCCAGUUUCGUCAACCAGUCCACCGAUUUACUUGCUAAUUCACUUUUCGACGCACGAGCGCGCCCCGAGUUCUCUACGCUACCACCAGCCACAUCGUACACUCCCGCGGUAGCGCAUUUUGCGGUUCCAAAGGUGGUUAGUGUUGACCCGAGUAAUUUGCGUAAGCCAUCUAGCAGCAAAGACAUCAUCGAGAGCAAUGGUACCAAGGAUACCAAAGCGAGCAAUCGACACUUGUUCCCGCCAGGCCACAAACAAUACAGUGCCCAUCUUACAUCGCAAAGCGUGACGUUCGGCCACCGUCCAAGUUCUGCAGCGAGGAUGUUCGACCACCUGAGCAGCAGUAUCAGCGGCGCCAACAGUCCCAGAAAUCCAGGCAACAAAAUGACGUCGCGUCGAGCCUCCUCGACCCCUGUACGGACUGGCAUGAGCGUUAUGGAGUUGACUCAACUGUUGGCGCCAGCACAACCAAAAAAAUCUUCUUCUCUUGGAAGCAAGAGUUCAAGCAAAACCUUGCAACACUGGAAGGCAAGGUCUACAGAAACCUCCCUCCAUUCCUAUGAAGCUUUCUCCUUGGACAAAGAGGUCGACGACGAACUCUUUCGACAAGAUGCCGACAGAAAGAAGAAGACACGCGAGCUGAAGCUGGAGAACAGCUACAUAAAUUACGUGUACAACCCACCGCGUGAACUCAAGCCUGGCCAAUUCCCGCCGCCAGAUCAAACAACUGCGCAGCUUAUCGACAAGUACCGCAAACUUGCUGUUGGGAAGAUGCCUGACAUUUUCUAG